UUUCAAGAUGGCGGAAGAACUGAUCAUUCAAUACAGCGUGGAAAAUAAUCCGAGUUAUACCAUGAAUCUGGCUCUAUUUACGAAUGUGACAAACGGUAUCGAGCUUAGGAAACUGAUAAUUCAAGGAAAAAUAGAAGCUGCUUUUCUGAAUGCUUCCAUGAUCAUAGACCCAUUUCAUGUUGCAAUAGCAGGACACAAAGCUCUGCAACUGUUUCAACAAGGAAAGAUGAAGACCAGGACACUUCAUUCAGAGAUUGUUUUCAAUUUGUCACCUUCUACAAAUAUCAAUGAAUCUUUCAAGAAAUUUGGAAUACUGGACAAUACAUCAAGUGUGUUAGUUGUCAUUAUGACCCAGAAAAAUGCCAAAGAAAAGAUUUCAGAAGUUGGCAGAUUUAUAAAUGGGGAACAAGUGUCUUUAACUGCUCUGAGUACAAUUUCUGACCAAGAAAAAAUAAAGAAGAUUUAUGGUAUUUCAGAAGAGGAACUUCAAUGCAGUUCGCUGCCAGACGGCGUAGUCACGCGAAUUGCAACCAAAGACGCUGCAUAAUUUUGGUGGACUAUUACUACAAAAGAAUAAUGACAAGCAUUUGCGCAAAGAUUUAAGCUUUUACCAAACGCCAUUUAUGUAACGAGUAGCAACGCAUCGGCUUUGUUCUGUUCUGAUGUUUUAAACCGUUGUACGACACUCGUUGGAAGUAAUCACAAGGACCAAUCACAGCGAAUAUUCCGAAUAAAAAUGGUGCAAGAAGCUAAUGAGAACACAAACAAAAGGGCGGGAAAACGAGAGGACCGCGUCCGGGUUUAAGUUCUGCAUCUGUUUGGUGGAGAGGAGGGAACUGAACCAAUCACAGGGCGAAGUACUGAAAAAUAAAUGAAAUCCUGGUUACUUUAGACAUUAAUUUGAAAACUGCUCGAAUACUCGGGCUAAAAGGAGUACAUUGCUUGCAGAAAGCAAUCAUUUAUCGUGACAAUUUAGAACAAGUCUCUCACAACUGCGUAUCGCCCAUACCAAGGAAAACAAACCACAGGAGGUGUAGUAAAUAUUGUCAGUUUAUCGCGGUAGAAAUGAAACCGACCAUUUUGUCACCUGUGGCUUUCUACCUUAGUUGGGUUUACACAUAAUUGGUCAUUUUCUAUCUUUAUGCACACGUUUGUAUAGUUAAAUGAAAGCAUUAAA